CUGCCUAAACAGAAGACGUAGGAGGAGGAAAGGGCUCGGACAUGGCGAGAAACAGCACUGGCCCGUCUGAUAGAGAUCGGUAAUAUUUUAUUUUAUUUCCAAAACCCGAGAGGCCUUACAAAAACCAAUAAAACCCAACCCUGGCACAAAAACAUACAAUAGAUCAAUGGACUGAAUGAAGACUGCUUACAACGCCUAUAGAUGUCUGGCCAAGGAGCUGGAUGUUUACGCCAUGAACCCAGAGAUGACAAUGGACAGCAUUGGCAGUCUGCAUGGCGGAGUAAGCCAUGAGCAGGAUUUGAUGAGCAGUCACAGCCCCCAUCACGAUCGGAGCACUGGGGCUUCUUUAAGGAUACAUCAGGACUUAGCUGCUGCUUCUUCACGAUCCGCUAUGGUUUCCAGUAUGGCUACGAUGCUGGACGGGGCUGGAGACUACCGCCCGGAGUUGUCUCUCCCGCUCCAUCAUACAAUGAGUAUGCCUUGCGACACAUCCCCACCUGGUAUGGGCAUGAGCGGCACCUACACCACUUUAACUCCACUCCAGCCCCUGCCACCCAUCUCUACCGUUUCAGACAAAUUCCACCAUGCUCACCACCACCACCAUGCCCACCACCAGCGUCUCUCUGGGAACGUAAGUGGGAGCUUUACCCUGAUGCGGGACGAAAGGGGGUUACCAGCAAUGAACAAUCUCUACAGUCCCUACCAUAAGGAAAUGACAGGGAUGGGUCAAAGCUUAUCCCCCCUGGUCAGCAGCCCUCUUGGCAAUGGUUUGGGCUCCAUCCAUAACACCCAGCAAAGCCUCCACAACUAUGGCGCACAUGGGCACGACAAAAUGCUCAGCUCAAACUUCGAUGCCCACACUGCCAUGCUGACCAGAGGGGAUCAGCACCUCUCAAGGAGUCUUGGUGUCCCUUCGGCGAGUAUGAUGCCACAUUUGAACGGAAUGCAUCACACUGGUCAUCCAGGCCACCCUCAAUCUCACGGGCCCGUGUUGGCUUCCAGCCGGGAAAGGCCGCCCUCCUCCUCGGAAACUCAAGGUAAUAACUCGGGGCAGUUAGAAGAAAUUAACACCAAAGAAGUGGCACAAAGGAUCACUGCGGAACUCAAGCGGUACAGCAUCCCCCAGGCUAUCUUCGCCCAGAGGGUGCUGUGUCGCUCACAGGGGACCCUUUCAGACCUCUUAAGGAACCCCAAACCUUGGAGUAAACUUAAAUCUGGAAGGGAGACCUUUAGAAGAAUGUGGAAAUGGCUGCAGGAACCCGAGUUCCAGAGGAUGUCAGCCUUAAGGCUUGCAGGAGGUUACUGUAAACAAGAUGAGGCAUCUCAGCGACUUAUGUUCUCUGCAUGCAAACGCAAAGAACAAGAUACAAGCAAAGAAAGGAGCAAUACACCAAAGAAAUCCCGUUUGGUUUUCACUGACCUCCAGCGCAGAACACUUCUCGCCAUCUUCAAGGAAAACAAGCGCCCCUCCAAGGAGAUGCAAAUCACAAUCUCUCAACAACUGGGCCUCGAACUGACCACGGUCAGUAACUUCUUCAUGAAUGCCCGGAGGCGGAGCUUGGACAAAUGGAUGGAUGAAGGAAGUCCAGGGGCCUCUUCCUCAACCUCCAGCACUUGUACCAAAAUAUGAUUGAGGACAGUGCACCAGAACAGGGCACGGUACUUGUCAACGACAUUUUUAAAUUUGCUUUAGAGGGGGUCUGUUCACUGAUGAAUAGCUGAUGCAGAUUUUUUUUUUUUUUGCUUUUCAACACAGAGUCUAUUCAAACAAAGCCACUGCCACAAAACAAUCACGGGCAUUUAGUGUAGCUGGAAUUUGUAUACCCACCUGUGUCAUUGGAUUUGCACUUUGUUGCUUUUUCUUGAAAAUUAUCAGCACACAAAAGCUUUUAGACCACUCCUCAAAGCAAUUUUACUUAGGCAAUCAUAAACCAGGCCAAUACGUACAGUUAUUAUUGGAGAUGCUUGCAAGUGGUUGUCAAAGAAACAUAGGCUUUAAUAAUAACCAUCCACAUAACACAUUUAAGAUUUCAAAAUUUGACCAAAGAAAUUAGAAGCUAUUGUAGGCCAUUAUCCAUAGCAAUCCAUAGAAUAAAAAAAUAAAACGUUUUGAAGGCACCAGUAGACCAGUAAUACAAGUUGUGGCAAGUGGCUUAACCUUAAUCUUUAGUGGCAAGGGGUCCCCUAGUAACUGUAAUCUCAGCUUGCUUCCCAGUCUCAGUUUGCUUUCCAGUGUCAGGUACUGGCAGGUAUGCAAGCACAAAUCUUACAGAUUUAACUAAUGCCGGUAUUCAGGAACACACAUCUACAUGUAUGUUGACUCUUACAACAUGCACCGACUACUAUAAGUGUUCUUUGAAUGAGCUUUUAGUGGUUGGCAUUGUAUGUGAGCACAAUGUUUAAGCACAUUUCUUUUGCAAUAGAAAGAGGGGACAUUUUAGGGAAUAUCGUUCUUCAUGCAUUAGAAAACUCAGGAUGUAAUUUUUCAAACAUUUGAAGAACAUAUUAGCUUUAUUCUCUCAUGAACACAAUUGGGGUAUUUUCUUAAUCAUGAACAUUAAAUGUUAGUUACUUUAGUUUUAAAACUACUUACUAGCAGGUGUACAGAGAACUUGCUCUUGAUACCAAAGUAAUUUAUAUCCACAUCAAAUAUUUAUUCAAUUUAAUUUGAAAUGAAAAAAGGUAUAUUUUAUACAAUUUUAAUCUGAUACAGUUUUAUUUAUUUAUUUAUUUAUUUGUUUGUUUGUUUUUUAUUAACCAAAGACAAAAUGGCUGUAGGCUGUUAAGCAAGAUUGAGGAACAAUAAACUGUGUAUACUAUAUUUAGUUUAACUACUGAUGUAGUUCAACUAAACUACAUUCUUAAUUCUAUUUAAUUGGAAGACACUCAUGCCCUUUUCAACAUCACCCUGGUUUCUACCUAAAGAUAGAUUAUUUAAGAUGUGUGUAACAGUUGCCAGGUGUUAUUGAUUUUUUCCCCAUUAAAACUGAAUACACCUUCCUGGGCAGUGCUGUAUUUAAAAAUUCUGGACAUCCACUCUCAAUCCUAAAUAGGUGGCAAAUCAAAAACAAAAAUGACAAAUGGACUGUUUAGAAUGGGAGCCAGGUCACCAGGUCCACACGACAACAUAUUCCCAAUUUGGCAUUUACUGUAUUAUAUUUACUAUAUAUAGUGUCAGGAUCAAACACAUAAGGUGCCGCAUUCAUCAGUAAACAGCCCCUCCAGGAACACCCUUGUGUGUUCAAAAGCAAGCCAAAGGCUUUAAAGACUCUUUAAGGACACUUGAGACUUUUUCUAUUUAUUGCCGAAUCGAAACCAAAGAAACUUUUUUCUGCACCUAAUUGUUCUGCAACAAACUGUUAUAAAAAAAAAUAAAGAAGAAAAAAGAGCACGUCAGGAAACGGAGAACACACUGUGUUUCGUUGGACGUCUUGGACAUUUCAUGGAAGCAGAUUUUAAUAAAGGGUACAACAAGCAGGGAAGCAAUGGCACGACGGCUGUUGCUUCAUGAGACUGGGCAUUUUGCAUCUCUUAAAGUUGAAGAUUGUCUUUAACGCGUGCCUAUGCAGUUUUUCAAGAACAUGGAAAAGAACAACCAAAACCUCAUCAGCUACAAAACCAAAGAUUAAUGGAUAUUCCUACACUUUUCCUUUGUUGUUGCAUGAUUUAAUGCAUUCACUAUUUACAGGUAUAUUGAUUCUAAUCAUCCUUUCGACUGAAGAAGGGGCUAAUUCAAUUGUGCAUUUUUUGUUCUCUUUUUUAUAUGGGAUUUUGAAAAGGAUUAAUCUCUUUCUCCAAGCAUUAGAUGUUGGGAUAAAUAAGCCAGUACAGCACCAAAUUCCAUAUGCAUAACUCUAUUGAAGCUAGUGAUUGUGUUUAACGUAGCCCAGUUGAGAUGGUUAACUGAUAGUUGAGAUUCUGUUUUUCUUUGGGACAGUCAACCAUAAGACAUUCUUGAAUCUAACCCCAUUUCAUCUCACAUCCUAAUUUGAACCGAUCGCUCUCUUACUAUGUCAGCUAUCAAUCUAACCCCAAUAUUCAAUAUUUACCUUCUGUGCCCCCUGCAUCAGGAAUGAUCUAUUUUCCACAACACUAUAAUCUCUCUAAAAGAUACCAACUGUUAAAUACAUAUUUUUUUUGCAAAACUUAAUUUGCAAAUAUAGGAGGCUUUGCAUAUUGAUAACAUUUUAUAGAGGUCACUUGGUUUUGGACACAGUCAAAAAUUGUUUGCGAUCACAGGGUUAUACGAGCUUUCUUUAAACACUUUGCUUACACUAAUUCAUUUUCUAAGGCAGGGUAAACAUUUACAAAGAAAAUUACUUGAGAGAAACACAAGUUAGUAAUGAAGACAACCAUGACCAGUAAGAAAACACAACAGGAUAAAAAAGACAGCAUUAAGCAUAAACUCAUCCAUGUGCAUAACUUUGUUUCCAAAUUCACAUACAGUUACAAAUAAAUUAAAUGCAACUUCAUGCUUAAUGGAUGGCUGUCAAAAAGUAGGGUUUGUUUUCCUUUAUGAUGCCAAAUAAUAAUAAUAAUAAUAAUAAUAAUAAUAAUAAUAAUAAUAAUAAUAAUAAUAAUAAUAAUAAUAAUACAGCAUUAAAGACAUAUAAACGAAAGUAUUUUGCAAUAAAAUCUGCUAUAUUCUUAAGGGAGGACUAAGACUUGAAUAUUGCAUUAUUCUGUUAUUAGGUUUUAUAUUUCCUCAUAUAACUUAAUUACUCAUAAUAAUAUAGUACAAUAUCUUCAAUUAUAAAAUGUAAUCAGCUUCUAUAGAUAUUUGUGCAUAUAUAAUAGCAUUACAUGUACAUGAUCCCAAUGUCUCAUGCUUGGAAGAGGAGUGAAGUCUGUGGGCACGUCCAAGAUGAGUUCAACUUUCAAGAAACAAAAACUAUCAAUCAUCAGUUAAAACUGUUCAGAUACUUCGGUUCAAUAGCUUUAUCCUUUAUCGUUCUCUCUCUUUCUCUAUUAUUAGAGCUUAACCCAAAGAUUCUACAUAGGCUGAACCAGCAGGUCGUCACUUCGGCCUUUCUAAAAAGUAGGGAGCUCUCUUUGUGAGGAUUGCUUCAUAAUGGUCUGGCUGUAUGAAUGGAAAAUGUGCCAACCAAGGAAGUGAAAUCAAUGAUAUUUUCAUUGCUUGUCAUAGUACUUAUAUUUUCAAUGCUUUCUCUAAAAUUGUGGGGGUUUUUUUGUUAAGGUGUUAUUCUUUGCUGUACUUCAUUUUUUUAAAAACUGGACUUUAACUUAAUCAAAACCAGACUGAAGUACCCUGUACCCUAAUCAAUAAGCCAAAGUUUACAUUUCUCCAUGUUUGCUCUUCUCAUUUAAUUUUUAAAACACCACUGGAGUUUAUUUAUUUAUGGCGAUUGUAUGUUAGAACCUGAGAAUUAUAGUUUUUUUAUGAUUAAUUAUUUAAUUAUUUUAAUCUUAUUUAAUUAGAUUGUAAUUGUUUGGGUAAAUAUUUAUGAUUAUUUAAGAAUGUUAGAAUGACAGUGCAUCCAAGAUGCAGUGACUCAUUUUUGUCUUAAUUUAUAUGAUUGGUUUUAGUUUUGCUUUAAAAAGCAACUGAAGGGGUAUUUUUAGUAGUUUAUACAAUGACAAAAAAUGAACAAAUUGUUUGAUUUGUUAUUUAUUAAUUUGUAGAUUGUAGUAUUUAAGAAGUUGCCAAAAAAUGAUAAUUUGAGGAUAUGUAGUUCCCUUUAUCGUGUUAGCUUUAAUUAUUUAUCUUCCUUUCUGUCAAAACAAUCUUUUGAAACCAAAAAAACAUUAGAGUACUACAUUUGUUUUCUAUGCUAUUAAAUAUUGUACUGAGAGCUCCUCACAACAGCCUGCUCAGCACAAGGACAAGCAAUGAAUUUGGGAUUCAUAUUGCUACUCUUGUGGAUGGGGACACACGUUUAUUGGAACUUUUGCCGUUUCACCAAAGAUUACCUGGAGUACAAAGUGGCUUUCCACAGCUUUAUAUGUUGGAGGAAGAAAAGGACUAAGGAAUGAAAAAAAAACCCUUAACUAGCUGCUUCCAAGACUGAAUUAUGUGUGUGUAAAAAAAAAAUCUUUCCAUUUCUAGUGAGAACCAAAGAGGCUACCUCACUGACUUUUUCCAUUUGUAAUUUUAAUCGUGUUGAUGAUACCAAAGAUACCAAAGAUUUCUUUCUAUGUGCGGUCUGCGCUUGGCCCAUGCUCUUGUUUUAUACCUGUAUCUCUCUGCCUCUAUUUCUAUCUCUAUCUCUCUUAAAACAAAAAAGACCGCCCUCCCCACAAAAUAAGUGUAAGGGGAGGGAGGCUUAUUUGUAUUAUGCUGAACUCUAUGUACAUGUGAUUGAAAUUCACCAAUUUGACCUUAGAAAAGUGUCCUAGUGUGUGUGGAAGUUCUAGGAUUGCUAGAGGGUUACUGUAACAAUUAACUAGAUUCCCAUAAAGUCUCCCACACCUGUUUGCUACCCUUAAAAUAGGAAUUAGGAUAUUAACCAAAGAAAGCUGAACUCAAUGGGAACACAACAGCAAUACAGCUUCUGAGUAGUACUAUUCAAUCUGUACUUUAGUAUAGAUGAAAUGGUUCUUCUCAAUAGGGCAAAACAUUUACAGCCCUUGUAAUCAUAGCAAUGCUAUUUUGGCAUCAACAAAAAAAAAAAAGUCUCUACAGCGAUACAAAGACGCUGUCAUUCUGAUUUAGUGCAGCCUGUCAAAAUAAAACUUCCUCCAGAAAGUGUCCCUGAUUAGUCUUUUAACUUUCAUUUUCUUUUUUAAUUGAAUUCCACAUUCUAAGUAAUAAAACCGCCAAGAGAUACAAGUACUGCUUCCAUUGUUCCAGUGCUAGCUAUAAAAUCUUAAUUCACACGCACACACACAAAUCUAAUUGUUGAGAAAACAUUGUAUGUACAUAGAAGGUGACAUAUAGAAAAGUAUAGUAAUGACUGCUUUUCAUGAACUCGAAAACGCUUUAGUUGCAAAGUAUGAAAUAACCAUGGGACGAGUGCCUUGCUUGAACCAAAGCGACGUUUUUUCAAGUCUAGACCUCUCUGUGCUUUCUAUUCCUGUGAAUACCUCAGCGUCAAAUGGGCCACCUUUUUGUGUUAUUUUGGUGACCCAUGUACUGUGGUGCUUUGCAAUGCAAUCACGCAAAGAACAAAGAGAAACUAUGAUACCAAAGGCUUUUUAACUCUAAUUUUCUUCUAUUUCUUUCUUCUAAUGGUUGCAAAGCUUUAAAUAAAAAAAAAAUAAUAAUUGAGGCAUGUUAGCGGCGCAGACCGUGCAAUUCCUUACCGAGUUUUCUCAGAUAUACCUCAUAGAUAAUAGUGUUUAGGGUAAUGUUAUUAUAGCGUAUGUAAUAAAUUAUUCACUUGUUUUUUUUGGUAACUGUGACUUUAUGGAAAAAAAAAGCUUUAUACAUUUAAGUUGUGAUUUUUGUAAUAGUUGAAGAGGUGUGCUUACAGAAACAAUUUGAUUUUUCUUUUUCUUUUUCUUUGUUUGGUUGUUUGUUUAUUUGUUUGGAUUCUGGACGGUUGCAGAGCGAGCCCAAAGUUUACAGUUUUCAUAUUUUGAUGAAGAAAACUAUCUGUUCUUUUGUUGUGUUUUAGACUGUGUUCAUUUUCACAUUUGUCCAACUUGGUCUUACUUGUUCUGUGUUAAGGUGUAGCAUAAUUAGCAACUGCCAAACAGUGCUAUAGGCCUAAUUUUAUGCAUGAGGCUAUUAACAAUUAGCAGUGUGAUGCAUUGUGAUGAUUAAGAUUUUUGAUUUCAGAAUAGAUUUUGUUUCUUUUUAAUGGACUUAAUUUAUGCAUGGGAGCCUGUUAUUUGUUGAAGAUUGUGGCUCAGUUGUGUAUAUAUUGCACUGUGAGAACAUACACAGUUGAAUUGAACGCACUGGUAAAUCUGUUGCACAGGGAUAGAUGUUUUAACAGGGGGGGAGGUUGGCAGCCUCACCAACAAUCUAAGGACAUUAAAAAUGCUACUAUUUUGUAUAAAUUAAAUGUGCUAUUUGCAAAGUACUUAUUGCUUUCUAAAUUAUUGUGAGAUGUAUUUAAUAAAGGGGAGACAUGAUUGAUUUCUGUUUUUUUAGGCUAAACCCAAACUGGGCAAUCAUUAGCUAUUGUUUUCCAAGGGAUGUUCAGAAACAUACCACUGCGUAAUGGUUAUACAAAACCAAUACAUAAACGAUUUCGCCAAAGCCACAAGGAAAGUAAUAAAACCCAUCAAGUUCAAUUUGACUGGAUUACUCUUUGAAGUGAGAUUUCAAAAGAUUCAAUUUCUGGUACUCUUGCUGCAGUGCAUUGUUUUCAAAUAGGAGAUACACUGCUGAAUGUCAUACUGAACUGCAUUACCCCCCCAGCUUAUUCAAUCUUUAAGGCUUGCUUCAAAAUCUAGCAAGAGCACAGUCUUAUGAGAAAUGUAGAUGCUGCUGUAUGGAUGUAGAGUUAAAUUGAAUCCAAAUAAUUACAUUUCAAGCUAAAAUGCAAACCACUCAUACAACAAUAACACUUCAAAUGCAGAAUUAGGGUAAAACAAAAAGAAAGGUAUGGAUCUAACAGUCUUUAAAUUACUACAGGCCUCUGAGUAAAAUCCAGAACAAUUAGAGCCAUUUUAAACAAAACAAAAAAGCUAAAUAUGGAAAUCGAAAUAAAUAAUCAGCUUAAAUAUCUGUCUAUAUAUAUAUAUAUAUAUGGAUACCUAUCUGUGAGAUAUAACAUGAGAACUGUGUGUUUCACAAAUGUGUACUGACAACCAUAGAACGAACCAAACACACACUUCCAGGGUAUAUAAAAGGGAGCCUGUGAGGAACAUAGAAUUAUCCAAGCCAGUAAUUGUGCAGACCUUGGAUCAGUUGUCAGUUAUAAAUACCUAUAAUGCUUUUGUCUUGCUUAGAUACUGCCAUGUACAUACACAAAUACAAUAUAUGUUGAUGGAGGGUUAGUUGGUAAAGUCAGACACUCAUAUUGAAACAAAAUCUAGCUCUACAAUAUGUGCUUGGCAAUACACACCAUUACAAAAUAAAGAAAAAAAACACACACACACCAUUAAUUCUUACAUUGUUAUGCGCUAAACAAUGUGAAAUUCCUUUGGAAAACAUAGCCGAAGAAACCAUUGUCUUUAACGUGAAAUUCCAAAAAAUGACGAGCUGUACCUAAGAGCUACAGUACUUUUGGCCCAGAACUUUUUGUUGUUGUGUUUGUUUUUAAUUAUGUGCCAAAAACAAAUUAGGAAAAGAAAAGAAAAAAAGAAAGUCAAUUAGUUGUUUGUGUUCAUUAUCUCUCUCUCUCUCUCUCUCUCUCUCUCUCUCUCUCUAUAUAUAUAUAUAUAUACACACACCAAAUUGCUGUUCUUCCAUCAGAAACAAAAAUAAAUAAUAAUAACAUAGACAUCUCUAUUAUGCUGAAAACUAAAUAUACCUUGAAUCAGAAAUACUGCCAACCUGGUGUGCAUCAAAAAUAAUGUUCAAAGGUCUGUUUUCAUGGUGUCUUGAUUGCACGCUCUCUGCAUCAUCAUCAGUUAAACAUGGUGUUCUUCUUUUGUUUCAAUGGGCUAUGGGGCUUGAUAGAUUGGGACACAAUCUAUCAAGAUAAUUGGUAUGUAUUAGAAAAGUCCUCUUGUAUGUUAUUGUGUUGUGCGCCAGCCUCAAAAGCCCAGUUGCACACAGUGUGUGUUUUGUUCUAUGCUGUCAUCUGGAUCUGUUACCUGUUUUAAUGCAUUGCCAAUAUUAUGAUUACUGGAAUACAGUAAAACCGCCUUUAACUAAAGUGCCCAGGGAUAUGAAAGGGUUAGUAAAGCAAGCAUUCAGAUAAACGGAUUGAGUCCACCAGAGUUUAUACUGGUGAAACAUUUCAUGAGAUGGAUAAGAGGGCAGUCUGUGGGGCUAAGCGGCAAAAUGGAUAAAACACCUCCAUGCCUUUCACCUCUGGGUGCCUGGGUCGGUCCAGCUUGGGUUCAAAUAAAGGGGAUUAUACUGUAUUUUAAUUUCUCCAACAAAAGGCAGAAUUGGGCAUUACAGGGAUGAGAUAAUGAAAACAAAAUGGACGAUUUUAAGGUCACAAAUUCAAUCUAAAAUUUAUAAUAAAGUUUCUUCCAGUUGACUGAAAAAAAUGAAGAAUAAUUUGGAAUACUAGAUGUUAAAAGUUAAAAAUCUUGAGCACCCGGAAACUUUCAGUAUUUGCUUGGCUUAAAUCUACCCAUUCCCACAUUGAAUUGGUUCACCACUGGAUAAAGAAAUCAUAAUGGUUAAAACCACUAUAAUAACCCUUGACGCAACGACAAAGAUUAAUCUGUUGCAGCUUCUGCAAAAUUAAGUUAGCUUGUCACACGUCUCAACAUCGCUGUGACCUUAAGUAGGUUGGGGAAUAAAAUGAUCUUGACAAACAUACAAUCAAAAUUUUAGUUGGCAUUUCUUAAUCAAAAGCAUUGUUUUAAAUUUCAUAAAACCAAUGAGAUAUUUACACAACUGAUGGAUGUUUCUUUAUAUAUAUAUAUAUAUAUAUAUAUAUAUAUAUAUAUAUAUAUAUAUAUUAGGUUUGCAUUAUUUCAAAAUCUCUUGGUGUAUAAAUCCUACAACCAGGUAGGAUUUACAAUUAGCAUUUGAGCCUCUUACCUGUGCAAUAUUAUUAGCUGUGUAAAAAAAACUGGAGUUACAACUUGUGUAUCAGUGUUACAUGUUUCAAAUACUGCAUACAUUGGAGCUUUUAAUAUUGUUGAAGUUGUUGAUGUAUUGGGCACUUUAAAACCUUUGCAGAACAUCCCGGUCCUUUUUCAAAAUAUUCAGUUGUGUUUGUAUAUGUUUUCUAUUUGCCGUUUAAACAUAAUGCUCUACAUUGCGCACGCAUUAGUGUUUUGUCUGCAUCAUGCUAAAGUGUUUUUGUUUUUUUCUUAUUUAAUUUUUAUUCCCACUAUCAUCAAAUGGUAGUGCUGUAUAUUCUGCAAUUAAUAUCAAAUAAACGGCUUUGAUUCAUUCACAUUAAACUUGA